CGCGUGGUCACGAUAAAUUUUCUCGCUUCUCGGGUUUCUUUUGGUAAAAAAAACAGCUGAAAUAUCACCCCAAAAAAACGUGAAGUUUCACCUGAAAAAAGGGUGAAUACUAGAGUAAAGGAUUUUCAAGUCACAUCUGGAAAUGGCGUCGGAAACAAGGAAUGAUUUACAUCUUACUUCGACGGGAAUCGGUCAUCAAAUUCGGUCUGGUCACACUUUCCCCCCUUCAGGGUUCAUGAGAACUGUUGGAAARGUCUAUCCUCCUCCACUAAUGAAUGAUGAUGUAGUCCAAAACGGGGACUACUUCAGGACAACCACAGGAACCACCCAUGAUUAUAAGGCCCCGGGUGGGCUUUUGGGGCAGGUGCCCCUACAUAAAAAGGCCCCAGGGUCAUGGCAUGUGAAAUAUGUAGAAGACAACAUCUCAAAGCUUAAAGUUAAACCAUGGCGUAAACCUCUUUCCAUGGGAUACCAAUGUAGUGAAAUGAAAGCAGARUACACAGGAAGACCAGGCGUCAACCUGGACACCAGAUAUAAUGCUGGAAUACAACCAUUUAGCUUGUCAGAUCAUCAUCGGGAAGGAAAUAGCAAGGUAUAAGGAUUCACUGUUGGUCAGCUGUGUCACAAAACAUAUAAGAGACGUCAUAUAAUGAAUUCUUAUCUGUCUUAUAGACUUGAGAUGAGCAAGUAUCCCAAGAAGGAAUAUGCCACAUACUGGGACUGUGAGGGGUACCCUAAGGCAUGGGGUCAUGGCUCCAAAGAAAACCCUCUACCACCUAACUCGGUUCGUCGUGAAAAGGGACCCAUGAGAGACACCAUGGUAUUUAGAGAACCCACGUCAAUCCCAAGAUUACCAAAAUCUCUGAAACCAGUACAACACAAGUAA